AUGCUAUCCGCUGUUCAACCACACGAAGAAGAAGCAAUGCUCCGGUAGGGAAGGGAGACUGGUGACAGUCCAUCGACCUGUCUGUCUGAGCUAUUUGUUCCAAGCUGGCAUUGUUAAAUUCAGCGCUCUGUAGCUUGUCUAUCAUCCUGUUUUCAAUAGCCAAAUGAACCAAACAUUAACAUUAUUAGAGAACAACAGCUGAUACUCUCGCGUACAGAAAUGGCAGACGAUGAAAUAGACUACAAUAUCGUGUUCCCAGAUGCGGGGACGUCGGAGAGACACUGGCAGGGGACAAAGGAGCCAGUUGUGAUUCUGUUGGGUUGGGCUGGUUGCAAAGACAAACACCUCUCCAAAUACAGCUCCAUCUACAAUGAACAGGGAUGUGUCACCAUCCGUUACACAGCUCCCUUGAAGACGGUCUUCAUCUCAGAGUCGUUUGGCUACAAGGAGCUGAGCAGUACAGCCCUGAAGUUGCUGGAGAUCCUCUAUGACUAUGAGGUGGAGAACAGUCCUAUUGUCUUUCACACAUUCAGUAAUGGUGGCUUCAUGCUGUACCGUUACAUUAUAGAGUUGUUGCACAAUGAUAAACAUUUCAGCUCCCUGUGUGUGAUUGGGGCCAUAGUGGACAGUGCCCCAGGUAGUGGGAAUGUUCGAGGGGCCCUGCGUGCACUGACGGCCACCCUGGGGCCCAAAAUAAGUCCUGUUUUAAGGUACGUCCUCUUAGCCCUUUUCGCAGUGACUGUUUUCCUGUUGCGAGUCGUGCUGUACCCCUUGACCAAGUACAUCCACAAGAACCACUAUGACGCAGUGCAAGAGAGGCCGCCCGCCUGGCCUCAUUUCUACCUGUACUCCAGAGCUGACGAGGUGAUCCGGCACCGGGACAUCGAGCUCUUUGUGGAGACUCUGAAGCAGAGAGGCGUCCCGGUGGACAGUUUUGAUUUUGUUUCCAGUCCCCAUGUUGGUCAUUUCCGGGAUUUUCCUGAGCAGUAUGCUCUUAAGUGCCGCAAUUUCCUGGUUGCUUGCAUGAAGGACUUGGAAGGGACUGAGAUAAAGAAGAGACAGAAGGUUCAGAAUCAAUGAAACUUGGAGAGAACUCACAAGAUUUUGCUAACCCUCUGUUAAGCAGUCUUUUCCAGAUUUUUUCGAAGAGAGGUGAAGAAAAUCAGACAACUUCUUCUAAGUGAUCUGAAAAAUCAUUUAGAAAAUGAGGCUGAAGAUUUUUGCAAGACAGCUGGAAUUUGAGCUGAACUAGUACAAGAUCUUGGAAAUGUUUUUCCAUCCAUUGUGCACCAUAAUGGGAAGGUUCCACAGAUGUGGUCUAUGUGUACUGUGCUUAAUCCAUGUCGGGAAAACCAGCCACAUGAAACACUGUAAUUCACAUAGCCCUAAAGUGUGUGGCACAAAGGCCUAACCCUGCCUACUCAAAUGUUUUUGCAACAGUCAUAUACCAUAUGUAAAAAUAACAAUACAAACUAUUGCUUUACACUGGAAAAUAAAUCCUUUAGGAUAAUUUAAAUGGUAUUUAAUAUUGCUGUGGAAUGUGAUGCAUUAUAGGUUAGUUGUAGUUAUUCUAAAACUUAGGCUGGGUAUUGGAAAAUAAUCUGUCUUCUAUUUAUAAAAUUUGCAAUGUAUUUAUGGUUUUAAUCUCACAAUUUGUCAUUAAAAUGAAAUCACAAGGGUGCUUACAAUGAAGUCAACUGUAAAAAAAAAAAAAAAAAAAAAAAAGAUUAAUCGCAUAAUAUGUUGUUUUUUCAAAAUAAAAAGGUCUCAAACUUGCUGCCUUAAACAGUAAAUGCCUUUUUGAUUUUUUUUGGUUCCGGAAAUUGUAGAAUACCCAGCCCUAAUAUGUUAUACACAAUUGACUUAGUUCAAGAAAAAAGGUGAUAGACAAUGAAUGUAUAUGCCCAGCACAACUAUUGUGAUCUUUCUAACUGAUGUGCCUUCAAUAAAUCAGAAUGCUCAUAGAAAA